AUGACGGUUUCGUACAACCUGGACGUUUCCUCGGUGUCGUGUCUGAACUUCUUCAAGUUGCUUUUUCGCUGGCGCGGCUCCAUCUGGAAAUCCGUGGCGAACGAGCUUGCACUCUGGCUGAUCGGCUACUACGCCGUCUUCGUCGUGUACAGAACGCUCCUCAACAAGUCCGAACAAGGGUUCAUCCACAUCCUCAAAAUACAUCUUGACAAAAAAUUAAAGGAGGUUUGUCGAAGUCGCUCAGAGUCUGGACAAGGCGUUGGAUAAAUGCGUCCCUCUGACUUUCAUGCUCGCCUUCUUCGUCACGGUCAUCGUCGACCGCUGGAAGAACAUCUUCGCCAACAUUGGCUUCAUCGAAAAGUUCCUUUUCUCGAGUGAAACUCAUAAAAGUUGUUUCAAGCGUUGCCAUCUCAAUCGCCACCAUAGUUCGAGGAACCGACGAAAAAGUCGUCUUGUCCCGCAGAACUUUGGUCCGUUAUCUGGUCCUUUCUCAGGUUUGAUAAUGCUCAAAUUUAUUUUUUAGAAAAUUACGUUUAGGUCCUGGUUUUCCGAGACAUUUCCCUGAAAGUCCGUCGUCGCUUCCCAAACACUGAUUCAAUAGUGAAAGCCGGUAUGUCGAUUUUCAACCUAAAAUAGGUGAAAGAAAAGGACUGCGAAAAAAUCGCGAAAGCAGAAUCGCCAUAUUCACCUUUUGCGCUCCAGCGAUAACGCAAUGGUUGAAUUCCAGCUACUCAGACCUUGGUAACGCGAACGGGACGCGAAUCGGACGUGUCGGGGCAUUUCUAGUGACCACUUUAGUAGCCUCAGAACUCUUAAGGGAUCCCUAGAAUCGCCCAGAAACGUCCGGAGCACGUCCGUUUCGCGUUACCAAUGUCCGAGUAAUUUUUUUCACUUUAUUUGAUUUAACUUGUGUUUUUCUUUGUAUUGUUUCACACGAUAAAUCGAUAUUCAGUGAACGGAACGUUUACUUUGUCUAAAAAACUUUUCAAAACAACCGAAGUUUGAUUGUGUCCUAUUUAAAAUAGUAGAUAAAACCAUAAAAAAAUCAAUAAAAACGAUUUUUUUCUCGCAAAAAAAGGGUUUUUUUCACGAGUUGUAGAUUAUUCUACAAAAAAAUUAUCUACGUUAGAAUUUAUCAAUCGAAAAUAGAAAAUGAAAUAUUUCAAAAAUAUUGAAAAUGCGGCGAAACCUAAACUUUUUGCAACGAUUAUCGGUGGAGCGCAAAAAAUGACAGAAUUUUCGCUGCUUGGUUUUUUAAGCUGAUUUUUUCUCUGUAAUUUUUUUCCCCUGACUAUUGCAGCUUUUUUGAUUUAUUCCUAAAAAUAACACUUUUUUAAGGUUUUCUACAUGAGCACGAAGCUGUUAUGUUAGACAAGGUCGACUGUAACUACAACAAAUACUGGGUUCCAGUCAACUGGGCCUCCACCCUUCUCUUCCAACUACACAAGGUAAUGCAGUCAUUAGGUGAAUGUUUUAAUGGCCGGUAGAGCGAAAUUUGGUGGAGCUUUGUAGAAAAGAGAGAUUUGCUAAGGCCUUUUCAUUCAAGAUCAGAAAAAAAAGAAAAAAACUUUUUUGGGAAUUUUGACCAAGGGGCCCGUUUUUUAGAAGUUCCAUCGAAUUUCACCCCAAAAACUUUGAAAACCCUUUUUGGAAACUUUUUGUCGGUUUUUUUUUCAAUUUUUGAUGUUCGCAAACUGACUUGAUUUUUUUCCUUUCAGGCUUUUUUUUUCUAGAACCAAGUGACACUUUUUUUUAAAUUCUUCCGUUUUUCUGAAAAUGUCUUUAACCUAAGUAAUUCAGCGUAGCAAGUCAGUUUAUUAUGAGAAAGUCUAACAUUUAUAAAUAGUCAACUUUAUCCUUUCUUUCAGGACACUGACAUCACUCCGGCUCUUUUCAACACUGUAUGGCAGGUUAGAAAUUUAAGAAAAUUUGGUUGUAAUUAAGGACUUUCAAUUUUGAAGUUUUCUAUUUUAAAAAUUUGAAUUUUGAGCAGAUAUCGAAUUUGGAGGGCCUUCGUAUAGAUCUUCAGCGAUUUUUUGGGAAAAUUUGAAACUUCAAAACAAAAUGAACUUCAUUUUUAGAGCAAGAGUGGCAUGAGAAAUUUCCCAAACAACAACUCAAAUCUUCUUUUCACCGGCUUCUUUCCUAGUUUUUGAUAUGGCGUUAUACAGGAACUCAAACUUUUCCGAACAAACUUGGCUCUUUUGUGCAAUUUCGACUGGGUUCCGAUUCCUCUUGCAUAUCCUCAGGUUCAUUUUUUGUUCCUGAGUCGCCUAGAACCAUCUUUAUCAGGUCGUUUUCCUAGCAGUUCGGGUCUACUUUCUGGUCUGCCUCGUCGCCAGACAGUACGUUGAUCUCAACAGAACCAGCUCGGUUUAUUUAUUUUCCUCCAGCCAAAAUAUUCUGUACCUUUUCCAGGUUGAUUAUUACUUUCCUCUUCUGACCGUUUUCCAGUUUGUGUUUUUCAUGGGCUGGCUGAAGGUUAGUUCAGAGUGAAAAUGCGAAACUGAUUCUGGAAUCUGUCGUCCAGGUAGCAGAAGGCCUUCUGAAUCCCCUCGGUGAGGACGACGACGACUUCGAAUGCAACUUUCUGAUCGACAAAAAUAUCGCGGUGAGAAUCCCGGCGUCGGCGACAAACUCGUCGUUUGCAGACGGGAAUGGCGAUCGUGGACCAGACCUACGACGUCUGUCCUCCCAUGCUGCGCGACAAAUUCGCCGAUCCUUCAUUCGCGCCUGUUUAUUCUGAAGAAAGUCAGAAAAAUGGCACAGAUCAUGCUCUUCUCGGCUCCGCCCAAACCGUCACGUUCGUCAUUUUCAAAUUCUGUCCGACCUUUUUCUUUUUCAUUUCAGGCUUGCCAACCCGGAAGACAUUGUACCGAUGGUUUCUCUGCAGCCGGCGUCUCCAACUCGUAAGCAAUCCCAAUCCGACCUUUUCCAGAGUAAAUUAUCGUUUUCAGUUUUCGGAGAAUCUGGCGGGAGCUCCUACCCGAGGUCAAACUCGACGGCGCGACUGAGGCGGAAGAUCAGCGACGCGUUAGGUGGCGGCAGGUUCCUCUCUUACUUACCUUGAAAUUCCUCUCUCAAGAGGAAGGUCAUUCUAGUUAUGGGUUGGGAAUUUUCUGAAAAUUGGUUGAAUACUUGUUGAAGUAAAUAAUGAACUGAAUGUUUGAAUCACCAAAAGCUGUCUAUUUUUUGAGAGAGAAAAGCUCGGAAAACUGAAAUAUCCAGAAAAAAAAACAGGUUGGACAGACGCCGGUCAAAUAUUUAAAGUAAUUGAUUUACAGACACGAUGAAGAUAAUGACCAUCGAAACGAACAAAAGUUUUAUCAUCAUAACUUUUUUCGUAAAGCAAGUUUUCAAAGAAUUUUCCGCGAAAUGCAAAAUUAUCUCUGACUCUCCAAAAUUCAGUUAUCUUUUUCACUCUCUGAGAGCUAUUUUGAGUUUCGUGGAAUCAGUUUGAACACGGCAUAAAGGUUGAAAUUCUCGAUAUUCCAAUGUAAAAAAAUCUACUAAACAUUUAGGUACAGUUGCAAUUUUUUUUGGAUAGUGUUCGAUUUGAUUUCAUGUGAUAUUUAUGUUUCUUGAUAAGAAUUUGAAACUCCUCAAGUUUUUGUAAAUCGCGAAAUCACUUAUUACGCGUCACUUUUUUUGCUACAAAGUUUUUUUCAAUCCCCCUCUUUGAACAAAUUUUUUCAAAAACUCCCUUCUACAGAGAAAAAUUACUUUCGAAACUUUCUGGUUGAAGAAAAGAUUUGAUUUUUCAGAGUACGAUCCCACUCUGUUCAACCCGUUUCCUACAAAGUAGAAGACGGCAACAUGUUCUCCAAGUCGUUGAGCACGCCACAGAGACCUUACGGCGUCUUUGAACUUUCCGAUGGUUUUAUCCCCACGAAUAUUGAGAAACUCCAUUUUUUUUUCAGGUUUUGUCAGCACGAUGUCGUUGCACAAAAAGCUGCCGAAAGUUGAGGAAGAAUCUGGGAGCAUGCGAAGUCACGUCAGCGACAACGAGGACGACGACGACAAGGUUUCAGGAAUAGAGUAGACUCGACAAAAUAUUCAUUUUUGAAGCUACGAAAAGUGAUUGAACAAGAGCUGGCGACCCACCACAUGGAUCGACCCCAGACCAUACAUUCCAUCCACUUUCCGAUCAAUGACAGCGGCGCCAAGUUUUAA